AAUUAUGUUGACAUUUUGCUGUGGCAUGCACUGCAUCUAUUUACUUUAAAGAUUUAAGUACAUUAAAUAAAAGAAAUAAUAUAUUAAAAUACACAGUUUUCAGCAAACUCAGGAGGAUAAAAUAAUACUAAACAAAGAUCAUGUCUAUUGAAAUUGAAUCGGCUGAUGUUAUUCGUCUAAUACAACAGUAUUUGAAGGAAUCCAAUUUGUAUAAAACCCUACAAACCCUUCAAGAAGAGACUAGUGUUUCAUUGAAUACGGUGGACAGUGUAGAUGGCUUUGUGCAAGAUAUCGUAAAUGGUCACUGGGACACCGUGCUGAAAGUGACACAGUCACUAAAAUUACCUGACAAGAAACUUCUGAAUCUUUAUGAACAAAUUGUUCUUGAAUUAAUAGAGCUGCGAGAAUUAGGUGCAGCGCGCUCGUUGCUUCGACAGACAGACCCUAUGAUUAUGCUGAAACAACAUGAACCAGAGAGAUAUAUACACUUAGAAAAUAUGUUGCAGCGAGCAUAUUUCGAUCCGAGAGAAGCUUAUCCGGAAGGAAGCAGUAAAGAAAAAAGGCGAGCCGUAAUAGCGCAGGAGCUCAGCGGGGAAGUACAUGUAGUACCAUCAUCCCGUUUAUUAGCUCUGCUAGGUCAGGCCUUAAAAUGGCAACAACACCAAGGACUACUUCCACCGGGAACAACAAUCGAUUUAUUCCGCGGUAAAGCUGCAAUGAAAGACCAGGAAGAGGAAAUGUUUCCUACACAAAUGUUUCGCCAAAUUAAAUUUGGCCAAAAGUCACACGUUGAGUGUGCGCAGUUUUCACCUGAUGGACAAUAUCUAAUCACUGGAAGCGUUGAUGGCUUCUUAGAGGUUUGGAAUUUCACGACUGGUAAAAUACGUAAAGAUCUCAAAUACCAAGCACAAGAUCAGUUUAUGAUGAUGGAACAAGCGGUAUUGGCGUUAUCAUUUUCAAGGGACUCUGAAAUGGUUGCUUCUGGUGCGCAAGAUGGACAAAUCAAGGUGUGGCGUAUUAUAACUGGACAAUGUUUGCGAAAAUUCGAAAAGGCACACACGAAAGGCAUUACUUGUUUACAAUUUUCGCGUGACAACAGUCAAGUGUUGAGUGCUUCCUUUGAUUACAGUAUUCGUUUGCACGGCUUAAAAUCUGGCAAAAUGCUGAAAGAGUUCAAAGGUCACACGUCAUUUGUAAAUGAGGCAACUUUUACGCCAGAUGGACAUAACAUACUCAGUGCUUCUUCGGAUGGUACAGUGAAGAUUUGGUCAUUAAAAACCACCGAAUGUGUGUCUACCUAUAAACCGUUAGGAAAUGAGCUGGCUGUAAACACCGUACUAAUAUUACCUAAGAAUCCGGAACAUUUCAUCGUUUGUAAUCGAUCAAACACUGUGGUUAUUAUGAACAUGCAGGGACAAAUUGUUCGUUCCUUUUCAUCGGGUAAACGCGAAGGAGGUGCCUUCAUUUCAGCCACUAUUUCACCGCGUGGCGAAUUUAUUUAUUGUGCUGGCGAAGAUCAGGUGCUCUACUGUUUCUCGGUUACAUCUGGCAAGUUGGAACGUACAUUGAACGUUCACGAAAAAGACGUCAUUGGUCUUGCUCAUCACCCACACCAAAAUUUGUUAGCCACUUACAGUGAAGACGGUCUACUUAAAUUAUGGAAGCCAUAAGCAUAGAUGUAGUUGUAAUUCUAAGAUAUUCAUAUAAUUGCUAUGAAAUGAAUAAACCAGUAAUCAAAUAAAAUUA